UCCGACUAACGGCUUCAGUUUUACUUAAAGCUGCAUGAGAGUUGGAAUAACAUUUUAUUUUCUCCGAGUUCAUUCGAUUGACAAUUUUUAUUGAAAGUAUAAUCUGGUCGAAACACUCAAGUAUAUUGUGCGGAAUCGAAGGAAGAAUUGAACAAUAAAAAAAAAUAUUUAAAAGAAACAAAGAGACCAAAGUAAAGAAUAAACCAUUGAUUGUUGAAAAACGGAUGUCAAUGAACGCAAACUGUUAAUAUUAAAUUAAUCGAGUGAAGAAAUCACCUUUCGAAACAACAAAUUUUCGCUUCGAACGUAUAAGCAUAUCACUGUUGAGUGGAAGAACCACACUUGCUGCAAAGUUUUUUGUUUUUAAAUUUUGUUGUGAAAAAUACGAAAACACAAUUCUCGUCAACAUGGAUAUCUACAAUAUGUAUGUGGGAGACUGUUCGUACACUCCGAGGCACUCCGUGUUCAGGGACUACGAACGGUUUCCGUAUGGAUCUUUGGAGCGAAAUAGUAAUCCGCAGAAGAGUUACUACGACAAGGUUCAAGAAAAACUGAAGCGUGACACCAAGAAAUCGGUCAAAAAGGAGCCGUGUCCAUUCUGUCAAGAGCAGAAGAAACGUCCAUUGAUUGCAUACAUGCGAAAGAUGGCCUUGGAAAAGCAGAAGAGUCGCAUUUGCGAAGAAGAAGAAAAUGACGAACAACACUGUCACUACGAUGCCAAUGAGAAUGGAAAAAAAUGAAUUUCCAGUACGGGAUUGACGUUAAGAUUCUACGACUUGACCACUAAACUGAACAUGGACGUGAUUUUGGACGCUUUAAUGGAAUUGAUUGAAAUUGAGAUGAAUAAUCUAAAUAUUUUGACUUGUCUGACGGGUUUCCAUUCGACUAAGCAUUGGAAUCCGUGCAUGAGGAUUUUACUAUUUCAUUUAAUGGAAUUAUGCUGUUCUAUGAACGACACAGCGUUUCGUCGAAUGGAAACCCAAUUUAAAAGGAAGAAAGAAAUUGACGUAAAUAAAUCGAAAAUGGUGCAUCAAACAACCGAAGAAUCAUAAAAAGAAACGGAUCCGAAAUGGAACAAUCAAAAUUUGAGACUGACAUUAAAUGAAAAAAUUAUUUUGAUAUUUACUUUGGUUGGAAAACCUAUUUUUGCAUCGUAAAAUCGUCAUGAUUGGUACACUUUGUUCUUUCCUAGAAUUUUUCGUCUAUAUUAGACUAACAUCAGAAUAACAUUAUAUUAUGAUACGUAACGUAUAACAUAACUAGUUUUUAAGGCGGCUUAUAUUAACCGAAAUUUUUAUAUAAUAAAACGUUGA